AUGACAAUGGCCAAGCUCCUCAACCUCAAGACUUGGUACCAACUCUUUGUGAACAAUUUCCUCGCCAUGGUGGCGGUGGCAUUUGUAGCUGCCGCGCUCCGGCGGGCAUGGCCAGUCAGCAUCGACGAUCUCGCCGGCAGCCUACGCGCCGUGCCGCCGGUCCGCAUCCUCACGGCGGUCAUCCUGACUGCUGGCGUGGCACAGCUGAGGCGCCUGCACCGGCCGCGGGACGUGUACCUCGUGGAGUACGGCUGCUUCCGCCCCAAGCCCUGCUUCCGGGCGCCGUUCGCCACGUGCCUGGAGCACGCCCACUACCUGCCGUACCAGGUCGACCCGGAGAGCGUCAGCUUCUCAAUCCGGCUGCUCGAGCGCUCGGGGAUCGGCGAAGAGACGUGCCUGCCCAACUCGUACCACUACAUGCCCCCGGACCGCAGCCUUGAGGCGGCCCGGGAGGAGACCCAGGAUGUCAUCUUCUCCGCCGUGGACGAGGUGUUCGCCAGGACGAGCGUGAGGCCCGAGGAGAUCGACGUGCUCAUCGUCAACUGCAGCAUCUUCACGCCCACGCCGGUGUUCGUCGACAUGGUCGUCAACAGGUACAAGCUACGUCCGGACGUGCAGAGCCUGAACCUGUCCGGGAUGGGCUGCGGCGCAGGGCUCGUCAACAUCGGCCUGGCCAGGCACCUCCUCCAGGUGGCGCCGCCGGGCACGCACGUCCUGACCGUGUCCACGGAGAUCCUCUCGUCGCAGUACUACAUCGGCAGCGAGCGCGCGAUGCUGCUACCCAACUGCCUCUUCCGCAUGGGCGCCGCCGCCACGAUCCUCUCCAACUUGCCCGAGCGCGCGCGGUUCAGGCUCGGCCGCAUCGUCCGUAGGAUGACGGCCGCACGGGACGCCGACUACCACUGCAUAUUCCAGGAGGAAGACGGCAAGGGCGUCCUCGGCGUCCGUCUCUCCAAGGACCUCACCACCACCGCCGGCCAGGCGCUCAAGAGGAACAUCAUGGCCUUCGGCCCCCUCGUCCUGCCGGUCUCGGAGCAGCUCCUGGUGGCGCUGUCGCUUCUCAAGCGGAAGCUCCUCAGCUGCUGGGGUGCCAAGGUGAGGCUGUACCGCCCGGACUUCCACACGGCGUUCGAGCACUUCUGCAUCCACGCCGGCGGCCGUGGGGUCAUCGACGAGGUGCAGCGCGGCCUCGGCCUCUCCGACGAGGACGUGGAGGCCUCGCGGAUGACGCUACACCGGUUCGGCAACACGUCGAGCAGUUCGGUGCUGUACGAGCUGGCCUACAUCGAGGCCAAGGGCUGCAUGAGGAAGGGAGACCGCGUGUGGAUGAUCUCCUUCGGCUCCGGCUUCAAUUGCAGCAGCGUCGCGUGGGAGUGCCUCAAGGCCGCCAUCGACUCCGACGGGCCGUGGGCCGACUGCAUCCACCGCUACCCGGUGCAGCUCCCAGAAGUCGCCCUGCAGGACAUCUGA